AAGAGGCUACUGCUGCUGCUGCUGCUUUUCACCUGGUUUCCCCUUAAGAGAUUCAGUUCAUGUAGAAAACAAGUGAACUAACAGACACCCUACGGACUGCCAAUUUCUCUCUGGUUCUCGGGUUGCAGCCAAAAGGCAGAAGAGGAGGCAUCCUCACUCACCUCAAGUGAAUUUCCAUCGCGAACACGUUCUCAUGGAGAGAGAAAAAGUUUGCGUCUUAAGCAGAAGUCUGUAGCCUGCGACUCAUUAAACAUCGUGUCCACGAGUUUUUCCUUUUGUUGUUUGAUUUUUUUUUAAGUUUAGCGUCAGUCACAGGGAUUGAGGUGGUGAUAAACAUUCUACGCAUGUUUCAAGUGGAAUAUUAGCAUCUGUGAAACUUCACUGUGGAUUCCUGAGUCCCCGCUAUUGUCAUGAGAUUAAUGUGAAUUUUUGGCUCGUGACGGAACGGUGUACCUCAGUUUUACCACAAUGAAGGACGACUUCACUGAUGAAGAGGAAGUGCAGUCUUUUGGCUACAAAAGGUUUGGUAUCCAGGAAGGAAGUGAAUGCACUAAAUGUAAAAAUGACUGGGCCCUGAGGGUGGCGAUUGCUCUUCUGUAUGUACUUUGUGCACUGCUCACCAUAGCUGUGGCUGUGCUUGGAUACAAAGUGGUCCAAAGAAUGGAUAAUGUAACAGAGGGUAUGGAGAAUUAUGGAGGGAAGAUCAUGGCUGUAGAGACAGACCUCAAGAAACUUGAUGAUCAAACGGGAGAGAAGUCAGAAAAUGCCACCAGUGAACUCCUGUCAUUCAAGAUGGAAAUUCAGACGUUGCAGAAGCAGCUCAGUGACGUUGCUGUGAAGGCUUCUAACAACAGAGCUGUUCUCGAUGAGCUACAGCUAGCCGGCGAGGACAUGCAGAGCGGACAUCACUCACUGCGAGAUCUGUUGGAGAGCAAUGCCAAUGUCAUUAGCAAAGUAAACCGCACCUUAAACUCAUACAGCGGCUUGAUUGACGGACUAAAGACAGACACGUCUCGGCUCCAGGUGGACCUUCAGGUGCAGACAAGCGAACAGGGCCGAAACACCCACAGUAUCAGCACUCUGAACUUCACCCAGACCCAGCAGAGGAACCUCAUCAGCUCUCUCCAGAGGUCGGUGGAGGACACUAGCCAGGCUGUCCAGAAGCUUAAGAAUGACUAUCAGAGCCUUCAGCAGGUGGCUAGGCAGACCAAAGCGGAUGUUGACUGGCUGAGGGAGAAGGUCCAGAACCUUCAGGCCUUAGCUGCUAACAAUUCUGUGCUGACUCGUUCUAAUAGUGACGCUCUGGAGGACGUGACCUCUCAGCUGAAUUCAGUCUCAGAGCAGGUGCAGAAUGCCUCGGGCAUCACCGACAGCCACGAACAGAGCAUCCGUGAGCUCAUGGACCAGCAGCGAGACCACGACAAUUCAACCUCCUUGAAGUUUGAUGCACUAGAGGCACAUCUUGACCGCAACGAGGCGGAAAUGGACCGCAUAACGGGGAAUGUAAGCUUCACCACACAGCUGCUCGGAGUGAUCAGCGUGGAUCUGAAUGGUCUUCGCACCUGCUCCGAGACAGUGGCCCAGCAUUCGGACCUGCUGCUGGGGCUGAACAGCAGUGUGGCAGAAACCAGAGCAGACAACACAGAGCUCAAAACCCAACAGGAAGAACUCGCCACUAGGCUCGACAAAGAGGUCAGCAGCCUCUCCAUAGUCAUGGAGGAAAUGAAACUGGUCGACAGCAAACACUCGCAGCUCAUCACAAAUUUCACUAUCCUUCAGGGGUGCCCACCUCAGUGGAAGAGCUUCAGAGACAAAUGUUACUACUUCUCAUCAGAGAGUCUGAACUUUGAUGAAACGAAGGAAAAAUGCAGCAACAAGAGUUCAACUAUGCUGAUUAUCAGUGAUGAAGACGAGCAGCUAUGGAUAAAGAGGCAGAUUUCUGGAAAGGGCUACUUUUGGCUGGGCCUCACUGACAGCGCUGAUGAAAGCAUCUGGAGAUGGGUGGACGGUAGCCUGCCCAACUAUACGAAAUGGAAGCCUGGACAGCCUGAUAACUGGAGCCAUGGUCACGAGGCUGGAGAGGACUGUGCAGGGUUAAUACACGAGGCCAGUUGGAAUUACUUUUUCUGCACAGAACGCAUUGGUUUCAUUUGUGAACGAACGAAUGAAUCCAAAGUUCCAGUUUUAUAGCACCUGUUGUGAAUGAACAGAGAAUAUUGGAUAAGACAAUCACAGAGACAGUUCAGAAGACUUCUGUCACAGUAUCCUCUCAUAAAGCACGAACAAUUGCUUUACCCAGAGAGCCACAUGUGUGACGGACACAA